AUGAAUUUAUACUUAAUAAGCGCUUUUAUUCUUACAUGUUUACCGUUUUCGCUACAAACAAAACAUGACUUUGAUUUAUUGAUAUUUACACAAAACUGGCCGGCGACAGUAUGUAAGGAAUGGAAGAAGAUGAAUCCUCAGCACCAAUGUUCCAUGCCACGUAAAAACGAUGCUUGGUCUAUUCAUGGCAUAUGGCCAACAAAAUUGGGUACGAUCGGACCAUCGUUUUGCAAUAGGACCUGGUUAUUUGACCCUGACAAAAUUCAACCUAUUGAGAACAGGUUGUUAGAGGAAUGGACUAAUAUUUUUAAUGGCACUUCCAACUAUGCACUCUGGGCUCAUGAAUGGACAAAGCACGGGACUUGCGCUGCCCAACUAGAAACUCUGAACUCUGAAUUCAAGUACUUUUCAAUGGGUCUUGAUUGGCUAGAGAAAUAUUCCAUGGGGAACAUUCUUAGUAAAGCUGGUAUAACUCCAUCAAAUUCUCAAGACUAUCACAUAACAGCUAUAAAUGACGCUAUAAAAAAACAAUUAGACAUAGACCCUGCUAUCGAAUGCAGAAAAAUGGAUGGAUCGAGUUUUAUAACUGAGAUACGUAUUUGCUUCACAAAGGAUUUGAAAUUGUGCGACUGUGAUGGGGUUCUGGCUCGUCGGGAUAUAGGUUCCGACUCUAUUAUUACCAACUGUGAUGGUAAUAAAAAUAUAAUUUAUCCCCAUUAUAAGGAAAACAGUAUGUAUAUACAGUUAUACAAAUUGGUGACCUGGUUGCAGUGGUUUACUUUUUAA